AAAAUGAUUACUAACCAACAAGAGAGCCCCGAAGCUGAAAAUUUACAAGCUGCAUUGCCAUUUGAUAAAACAGGCUCAACAUUCACUCAAUCACUGAAUGGGUUCACAGAGGCUCAAUCUUCGAAUACAUUAAGGAAUAGUGUUUCUCCAAUCAGCUUUCCAAAAGCUAAAAGAUUUCACAAUCCUGUUCCUCCUGGCGCAAGCGUACCUUUUUAUGAUACAACCAGAAAAUAUGAUAGGAAGAAAGGUGCAGGAUUUGGGUAUGGGAAGAAGGUGAACCCUAUUCAGAAGACAUAUUCUCCAGGUCCAGGAAGGUAUGACAAUCCUCCUAUUCUGUAUUCAUCUCCCUACAAAGAUAAAAGCUACAAAAAGGGGAAGUUUGGGUGAGGAUACGACCGGUUCCAACUUACUUGUGAUAUUAAUAAAGGAAUCAAGAUUUAUGAUAAUAGAGAUAAACCAGGGCCUAAUUCAUACACUCCAAGCAAUAAAUUUGCAACUAAGAAGUAUCCACAAUAUUCAAUGGGAAAGAAAUUACCAGGAAAGAUAGAGAGACUUGAGAAGAAUUCUGGCUUACCUAGUCCUUUCCAUUAUAAAGUUAAGCCAGAGUCAGUUCUACCCUCAAGGCAUAAGAAAGUUGGUUUUGGCUACGGAGAGAAGAGUAAUAAAUAAGGAUAGAAAGUUAUCCCCAGGACCAGGAGAUUACAACCUCUCAUCCUUCACUGACAAAUUUAAGCCUUCAAUGUUAAGUAUGGCUAGAAAGAGACAUAAUGGGAGAGUGAAUAAAAGUAUCCAGCCUUCCCCCAGAGAUUGCAGUCUUGCCAAGCCUCUCACUGGAGGAGUGUUCGAUCCAAUGGGAGUUGUGACAAAGAAGGAAACUAUAGGCUUUAACUAUCCACCUUUGAAGCAAAGUGAUUAUUUCAAGAACGCAAAUAUGCUUUUCUAUAAAACCGAUGGAUUUCACACAGGAAAGAGAAGUGGGAAAAUAGCAGAUACCAAAAGAAUGUCAGCUGCUCAUGCAGGAAUGAACUCAAAUAAUAUCCCAGAAAUGAAUACCCACAGCAAUAGAAGCUCGUCAAGCAAUUAGAAUUAAUGAGUUCAAUUGGACAAG